AUGGCGCGACUAGCCCAGGCGCCCAUCACCCAGAAGCGAACCAUAUCUAACCCAGAUUCCCUGCCAGACCUUAAUCGUCUCCUCGACCGCUUGCAAGAGAACAUUCUCCGUGCCGAUGCUGAGAGAGAGCGACGACUGAGGACAAGCGAGUAUGAACGCGCCAAAGCUAGGGUCAACAUCGACUACGCCCGGUCGCUCCUAACAAAGCUAGAGCACGAUGCGCUUACGAUCAAAGUACACACGAGACGGCAGGAGGUGCAGAAUGAUCUAAAUGGGAAGCGGGAGGUCCUCGAGCAAAUCACCGAGAGGUUCCGCGAGCUCGAGGAGAUCAGCGUGGAUAGUGACGAUGAUAGUUCCGAAGGCGAGGAUUUGCUAGGCGAUAUCAUUAAUACGCCAAGCGAAAGUAUUGAGUCGACUUCAGCGACGGACCAGCGGGGAGAUGAUGAUGAUACCGAAGAUGUAGGAGAGCAACCAAAUGACGAGGCAGAGAUAGAGACAGAAGAAUCGCCAUCUCUUAUUCAAGAGUCGCAAAUUCCAGACCAUCGUCAGCAAUCAUCCAGUGCAAUGCAAUCACAUCAAGCGACAACAACAACGACAACUUCAUCAGCACCAGAACCAACACCCUCGGGGUCAGGAACCAGCACAUCGCAGACCCUACGCCCCCGCGGCGGCGCUUCGCAACAACCCCUCCCAUCAGACGUGGGCGAAACCAGCGCGCUGCGCACCCAACUCUUCGGCACCCGCCCCGACCCAACAACUACCAGCACACCCUCCACUACGGAAGCAAUCAUGGACCUCCACCGCGCCGAGCAAGACAAGCUCACGGAAUCGAUGGUGGGCAUGGCGCGCGCGCUCAAGGAAUCGACGCACCGGUUCGCGUCGUCGCUGCGCGAGGACGAAGACGUGGUGCGCGCGGCCGGGACUAAUCUCGAGCGCAACGAGCGCGGGCUAGGCGCGGUCGCGGGACGUAUGGGUGCGCUGAGACGGUUGACGGAGGGGAAGGGCUGGUGGGGACGCAUGCUGUUGUAUCUGUGGAUAGCGGGCUUGGCAGUCUUUGCUGUGUUGCUUGUUUUUGUGUUUCCUAAGUUGCGAUUUUAG